GGAAGCAGCUCUCAGCCUUUUCCCCGACGGCUGGGAGAAAAACAGCACGUGUGCCUGUUCGAACACUUUCAGGCUCCGCGCGUGCGCCUUGAACAGCGUUUGGGUUGCGGGGCUGAGGCGUUCGAGAAGAAAGGAAGGGUGGUGGGGUGGGUGCGGAAGAGGUCCUUGGAGAGUAAUCCUGUGAAAUAAAUUAGGCUGAGAGAGAGAAAGUGAUUGGCCCAAAGCCAUCUGUGUAAACAUGUCGGAUCAAGAGCGCAUGAUGAGCUCGCUGAAGAAAAAAGUGAGGUCAUUGCUGAUAGCAUUCAAAGGCGGCCUCACCCCUGUCGAGUUAGAAAAACAAUACAGGUCCAUGAUAGGGGAACAACUUCCAUAUCGUGCGCUGGGUUACCAGUCUACCAAGGAACUGGUGAUGGACAUGCCUGAUGUUGUUUAUAUACACUGUGGUGGAGAUGGCAGUGUUGUCCUCAAAGCUGUUGUAGAUGAGUCCACUGUGGGGAUUGCAAGCUUGGUUGCCAGACAGAAGGACAAAUCUAGAUCUCAUCUUCCCAGACCAAGGCCAAAAAACUCUCUUGGAAAUGCGUCUUGCCCUAACCGGCCUUUCCAGACCCAGAUGCCUCGACGCUUACCUCGGCGUGGCCGUGUCCCUCCAACUUUACCAGCUGUAGUAAAGAGUCAGCUGAAAGAACUGUUGAGGUCUUCUCCAGUCCUGCUGUCCGAUUUUAACAAAGCCUUUGCUCAUCACUUUGGGCGGAACUUUGAAUUUAUGCGUUAUGGAUUCUUCUCUAUGUCUGAGGUGCUAAACACAGCCUCUGAUAUUAUCACAGUUGAGCAGACGAGAGCAGGCUCCUUGUUGACCCUAAAAAAGAGCCCCUCCAUUAAGAAAGAACUGGAAAAGCUGUCUCCGUCCAAAGGGGUGAUUCAACCUAACCAUGUGAAGCAGACCCUGCCACCUAUUGGGUCAGCUCCUACGCGUUCUCCGGCACCCAGCCAGCCGACCCUGUCAUCUGUUGGGUCAGCUCCUACACGUUCUCUGGCAGCCAGCCAGCCUACCCUGCUACCUGUUGGGUCAGCUCCUACACGUUCUCCGGCAGCCAGCCAGCCUACCCUGCUACCUGUUGGGUCAGCUCCUACAUGUUCUCCAGCACCCAGCCUGCUACCUAUUGGGUCAGCUCCUACACGUUUUUCGUCAGCUCCUACACGUUUUGGGUCAGCUCCUACACGUUCUCCUACACGUUCUCCGGCAGCCAGCCAGCCUACCCUGCUACCUGUUGGGUCAGCUCCUACAUGUUCUCCAGCAUCCAGCCUGCUACCUAUUGGGUCAGCUCCUACACGUUUUUCGGCACCCAACCAGUCUACCCUGCUACCUAUUGGGUCAGCGCCUACAUGUUCUCCGGCACCUAGACAGCCUACACAGAACCAAAACCAGACUCCAAGCCAGCUGUGUCACAGUCCAAUAGUACAGUCGAAACCAGAAGAAACCCCAGUGGUGAAGUGCGAUAAGAUGAAGCAGCUACAGAAACAGAUGAAAACAGUACUUUCUCAGAGAGGACUCGGAGGAACAGUCAGCUCACAACUUAAGGAAAAAAUCAAAACAAUUGCAGCACAGCAUCCAGAAGGCUUGCCUGUUUACAGGUUACCUAGUGAAUUUGAAGCUCAUUUUAAAGAAAUGUUGCCACUCAGAGAGUUGGGUUUCUUAUCCCUGAUGGAGUUUGUUGGUGCCCUUAGCGAUGUUCUCCAUAUUGAGUGCACAGAAGGGGGACAGAAUUGGCGCAUCUUUGACAGCACUUCACAUUGUUUAGCAGAUAGUAAGAAGACUCUGAAUGAUGAUGAGACUAACCAGGAGAUCUCCCUGUCUGGUUCAUUGGCACAUGAGGACACUUCCGAUAAGUGUGAGCUGCCCUGUUGGGAUUUCCCUCCAGAAGGGUUGAAGAAUCUGGAACCUAAGCUUAAUGUCAUAACAAAGAUUGUGAAACCGCACCUGGGUAUGGAAGAGCCUGAUAUAAUGCAGGAGAUAAUGCAAGAAGAAAUCCCACCAGAUGCUGUCCAAGACAGGCACCUCCAUCGCCUCCCUCAGCUUGAGAGCGCUACCUUGGUGGGGCUGUAUGUGGAGUACAUGAUCUCUCCUUCUCAGUUCUAUGUCCAGUUUUACGGUGCGGAAACUUUUGAGAAACUGGAAGAUAUGAUGAUUGAAAUGAGACGAUGCUAUGCUAGUAAAAAUGUAGCUGACCGUUACAUCAUGCCCGAAGCCUCAGUCAAGCCUGGUCAACUUUGUUGCAUAAAGAAUCUACAAGACAAGUGGUGGUACCGAGGUAUCAUCCAUUGUGUCCACAGUGACCAGGAAGUGGAAGUGUUUUACCUAGACUUUGGAAACAUGGGGACAGUCCCGAAAUCUCAUCUGAGGUUUCUCAAGGACUGCUAUGCAAACCUUCCUGCCCAAGCUGUACCUUGUUGCUUGGCCCAGAUGCAACCUGCAAAGGGAAAUUGGACUGCUGAUGCCAUACUUGAAUUCCAAAAGUUGUGUGGAUUGAAGCUGCUGGUGGGAGUAGUGGAUGAAUACAUAGAUGGUGUCCUUCAUCUGUUCCUUUGCGACACCAGCUCCGAUGAAGAUAUCUAUUUUCACAAAGUAUUGAGAUUAGAAGGUCAUGCAGUUAUCUGUAGAGAGAACAUUCCUUCCAAGGGCUUCAGAGAGUUUAACCCUUCCUAUUUAUAUCUGAAGCCUAGUCCAGAGCCGAAGGGUGGUUUGGAAAAGGCUUCCUCAUUUCUUCAGGGUCUUCCAGAAACAGCCUCUUCAGAACCUUGCAAAAAUGAAGUCCAUUCCCAGAGGUGCAAUGAGAAAAAAGAGGAUUUGCCAAGCCUGAAGCCUGAGCAAUGGGAGUCAGAGUAUGGGAGCUUGGAUGUUUCUGCUAAGAAGUCAUGUGUCUGCAAGGCAAGCAACCCCUGCAAAGACUCUCCUGAGAAUCCAGGACUAGUGUCAAAGGAACAGACUUCCCAAACUAAGGAUCCAGCCAGCCCCGGCUCAGUCCUGGAGAUGCCAUAUCUGGAGCCUGUCUGUUUGUACCCUGAAGUCUGGGAUGAGGACUGGAUACCUCUCCUGUCUGUAGAAGAAGAAAAAAAAGCCAGUACCUGCAAUAAUUUGUGCUCGGACGUUGCAGUAUUUUCCAGCCAGACUUGUAUCAAUGAAGGGAGAAAGGAGACCCAGCAUAAUCAAGAACUGGAGCAACAGACAACUGACCCUCCUGGAAGUCUGACUGAUUGUGUGCCACAGACGCUGGAGGAGUUUUACGUCUCCAUCGUUCAUUCCCAGCAGUCUACAGACCUGAGUCAGAUGGCCCUGGAUGCAAACAAACUGUUUGCCUGCAACUCCCAGCCUCUUCUGGAAUUGUGUGCCUUCCCUGUCGACAAAUGCAAUGGAGAAGCAUCUCUCAAGAAGAAAGAGGACAAUGCCUCCAGGACCCAACUCGUUCCCUUGUCUACUCCCAGACCCUGCUGCGUCCAGAGAGAGGGAGGUCACAACAAUGCUUUGGCGUUCACUGCUGAGCUUCAAGGCUCCCCAGUAUUCUUUAUCCCUUAUUAUAGCCCUUCUGCAGCCUUGGGAGCCUCUGCGCGUCUAGUUGCGUCUGGUCGAUAUUUCUGCCUCAACCGGAGGAAGUUGGACCUAUAAAAGAGACCAAAGGGUAGCCAGAUGCCUUUCAGAGCGAUGUCAGUCGUCUGUCGCUUCAUUAGAAAUGGUGGUCAAAAAUCCUGUGCCCUUGGAGGCUGUGAGAAGCUGGCUUAUGAUAGCCUAGAGUCCAGUUCCUUCAUGGACCAAACAUUGGGCUGAGUGUUUGUUUUCCACUUGCGCUGUUUUUUGCAUGUUCCACAGUUGUGUUUUCUGUAUAAUAUAAUAAUGGUUUUGACAGUUACCAUGCAGAUGUUACGUACUUACUGAAACACCUCUAACACACAUACAAAAAUGUCUAAUAAGUUUUGGGUGCAUUUAUGGAAGGACGUCACUCUGGGCUGCAUCUCACACAGGUCUGAAAUGUCCUGGCAGUUAAUAGCCACCUAAGUCAGAAAUUGGCGUGUGGAAAGGGGAAAUGACAAAGUCAUGGAAGACAAGAAGCAUUGCUUCCAUGUUUGCAUCCUUGGGGAUCCUGAUUGGGUAGAAAGGCAGCAUUAAAAUGUUCAAAAUGAAUAAAAUGGCAGGUGCAAGAGGGCAAUGGAUCUCCUUCCCCUGGUACUAGAGUGGUUUGUUUCUUGCCUCUGUAGGGACCAGAGGCCUUGGCUGGAGCUGGUGUAGUGAUAUCAGUUUUUUUAUACAAAGCACAGCAAAGCAUCUUUAAUUUUUCUUUCUCAGCCCUAAUGUGGGACAGAAGCUCCUCCCUGCCUGUAUCUCACCCAUCAAUGACCAAAAGAAGCACUUCAGCACAGAUGGAAAUUAUGGGAAGGCAGGUAGCACCAGAACGUCCUCUAAGAAUGGCUUUUCACAAGCAGGGCUCUGAGUCCAGUAAAUUCAGCAGCCUCCUCCUCCUACCAGCACCAGUUUGCAGCUCCUGGCCCCACAUUUAGGAUCUCCCUAAUGCGAACAGACACACUAGCGAAGGGACCUAAUGGAAUGAUGCAGAUGAGGAAGAGGGUAGAUUCGAGCUCCGAGCUUCAGCGUACUGUAACUUGCCCAGCCCUUCCCAAUGACCUUGUUCUGAAUGCUUACCAGUCUUUAAUAAAGGGCAAGAAUUAACUCUGUAUUAAAGGAAAAGGGAGUUGUCAUGGAAAAGGUUCUGAAGUUUCAAGAAAAAAAGAUUUCUAUUUCUGUUUUAAUUUGAUAAAUAAAAGCUAUUUGUAUCUUA